UAAUCUUGUCUUGGAGAAAUGAUAUUCUUUCGCGAAAUUGUUUUUCUUACUAUUUAUAAAAAUAGUGUUAAAAGAACCGGAUUCUAUAAUUUAGUUUUUGAAAAAGUUUAGAAUAAAUAAAAUACUCUCUCUGACAUUCAUAUGGCCAAUUAUAUCCAAUCGAUCUGUGACUAGAUGUGACUAGUUGCAUGUUUGAGAUUUUUAAUAUUUUUUUCUAAAAUAGCUCUUUAAUCUAGUCUCUUGCUGCUUUGAUAAUCAGUAUCAUAAUUUUGUUGGAAUUUUCAAUAUAAAGUAUUUUGACUCUAAUAUGACGACUACGAAUCCAUAAUUUAAUUUUUGACUUUUCAACAGUGGUUUCCAUAGUCUUUCUCAAAGUGAGUGAAAUAAACAAUAAGCAAUAAACAGUAUAUGUGUUAUAAUAGUGCUUGCAUAGUCAAUAACAAGAAAUCCAAGGAAAAUGGUGGCAUUCUUUAUGUGAUAGAUUUAAGUGACAAUUAUAUAUUAAAUUACAUACAAGAAUAGAAACUGUAAACAAAAUGAGGGCUAUAUUGAUAUUCGAUCAUCUGAACGAUGUAUUGUUCGCAAAGUACAAAAAAUUUGCGAAUCACAUUUUGAAACUGGCAAAGAUGCAAGGAUUGCUUGAUGAUGAUAAGGAUACUAAAGACUUAGAAAAUUCCAUACCGAGUCCCAACAUCAUAAUGCAGCUGUUUUCGCCAAUUGUUACCUCUCAACACGUGAUGGCUUCUCAAUUUGGAAACUCCUAUACUUCCAUGAAAUUCCAAGAUGGAACAAACAUGGUAUUUGAUGAAUAUAUUGGUUACACCUUCAUAUAUAUUGCCACGAAAGAGGUAGAGCUCAUGAGACGUACGCUGGGAGUAUGUGUAUCCAUUGUACGGCAUGUGUGUGGUCCAGAUAUUGCAAUAUUGAAGACCAACUGGCAGAAAGUGUGCCUGGUAUCUUCUUUGUUGGAUGCGUGGUCUACUUUAAGAAAUUGUGAACAGAGUGUACUGACAGAAGCAGUGGAACAGUUGUCUGUGAAUGCAGAAGUAGCUUCCUCAGUUCUCAAGGUGCUGCAUGAUGCCUGUGACAAGCUAAAGAGUUCACAACCUGAAUUUAGUAAUUUGCAUGUGCUGCUCUUAGUGGGUUCUAAGUUUUUGUCACUGUACUCCAGCAAAAACGCUCAUGAUUUGUGUGCUUCCGAUAUUUUGUUAAUGGUACUACUAUGCUGGGUGAUAAAUAAUAAACGAAAGCAUGAUCGAUUGGAGAGUAAUGACGAUAGUGAAGAUAAUGAUGAUGACAGUGAUAUCCUAUUACCAGAAAGUAGUGCUUCCAAAAGCGAUGAAACGAAAUUAAAUUUUGGAGCUAAACUGGCUACUCCUACUUCAGAGGAUAUUACAAAUCUCUUUCGAGGUUCCAGGGAUUCUUCUGUGAAUGAAGGUUUUUCAUCAUUGACUGAUGAUGAUCUUUAUAGUGAAUUGCUUCUUCUUGGCUAUCAGCACAACUAUACAGCUAAUGCAGUUCACAUUUUCGAGUUAUCAGACUCCAUCAAUCUGAUAACAAUUGUCGAAGCCACAAAUAUUUCCAUUUCUUCAGGAUUAUGUGACAGUUUUCAUUAUUUAAAUCUGAUAAACAACUUGCAGUUUCAACAAGAUCUCGACGAAUUGAAGCCUGCUUUUGAGAACCUCGAUAUAGCAAUAAAAAAAGUGCUGGAAGGAAUAAAAAAAAAUCGUUCUAAUGUUGGUAAUGAUGUCGAUAUGUGUCAGAAGAGAUUGCAAACUAAAUGGGACUUUGUCCGGAAAAAGUACAACGAUUUGUUGCGCUCCAGAGAUCUCGAAGUGGUUCUGCAGAUCGAGGCUAACAUUUCUGGCUUCCUGGAAACUUUGAAAGAAUUAUUACGUUUGACCUGUUUUGAUAGGAAUUUUCUGAAACAAGGAAUCGAUGUUCUAACGACAGUUGGAAGACUUGUGAGACAGAAGCUAAAUGAUUUCAGCGAUUUUCUGAAAGUUAAAGCUCUGAAGAACUUCACUCUAGGAUCUUCCCUAACUAUCAACAAGUAUCUUGAAGAAUUUCCGGGUCUGGUACACUUUAUUUACAUCGACAGGACAACCCAUAGACUCAUUGCACCCACAUUAGAUUUCACGAGUACAGAGACACUCGCACUUACGACAAAAAAAAUUUGGAACAUGGUCGAGCAAAGCAGAAUGCAUUUGCAAAAGGGUCAUUUAUCAGUUAUGUGGAAAGAUACUACAUUCAAUUAUUCCUAUUUUCUGUGGUUCGAGGAUAAUUCUAGUUGUUCACCGCCGAAAUGUAAAGUUUAUCUCAAUUAUGUGAUGAAAAAUUUUCCAGUACCAGGUAUACUUUGUGGAGAUUAUUACAGAAAACUGACAGAGACGUGUUUUCCCAAACUUUCGCCAAGCAAGGUUCGGAUUUACGAAUUGUACUGCGUACAUUUGGGAUUGACCACAUCAACUUGCGUCUUGGAACAUUCCCGAAGGCUGGCAGCCACUAUCUGGGAAGUCACCGGGGUACCGAGCAAUCUUGCAGAUAUAUUCUAAAGCGACAUUUCCCAAACAAAGUCUUUGAUUGACACCAUGUCGUUGUUUCAUUCUUUAGAUCUUGCAUUUCGAUAUUUUUCAAGUCGUUAUUUUAACAUUUGUGUUUUUAAGUAAGAUUUGGAUUUCUGUGAUAAUUUUGUUAUUAUGUUCUUUUAUUUUCCAUUAUUU